GCGAUAGAUGAACAAAAAGAAAAACGGAAGAACGGAGGUUUUCCCACGCUCUAAUCGAAAAUGGCGACGUCCUUAGGCUCCAACACAUACAACAGACAGAACUGGGAGGAUUCUGACUUCCCUAUUCUCUGUCAAACAUGUCUGGGAGAGAAUCCUUACAUUCGAAUGACCAAAGAGAAGUAUGGCAAAGAAUGCAAGAUCUGUGCACGCCCUUUCACUGUGUUCCGCUGGUGUCCUGGAGUCAGGAUGCGCUUCAAGAAGACUGAGGUGUGUCAGACCUGCAGCAAAAUGAAGAAUGUGUGUCAGACCUGUCUGCUGGAUCUGGAGUAUGGUUUACCCAUUCAGGUCAGAGACACAGGACUAGCAGUUAAGGAUGAGGUGCCAAAAUCAGAUGUGAACAAGGAGUACUACACCCAGAACAUGGAGAGAGAGAUCAGCAACUCUGAUGGCACGCGACCAGUCGGUGCCCUGGGGAAGGCACCUGGGUCCAGUGACAUGCUUCUGAAGCUAGCUCGCACCACGCCCUAUUACAAAAGGAACAGGCCGCACAUCUGCUCUUUCUGGGUCAAAGGAGAGUGCAGGAGAGGAGAGGAGUGUCCCUACAGGCAUGAGAAGCCUACAGAUCCAGAUGACCCACUGGCUGACCAGAAUAUUAAAGACCGGUACUAUGGGAUUAAUGACCCAGUGGCUGACAAGCUCUUGAAACGAGCUUCAGCCAUGCCUAGACUGGACCCUCCUGAGGACAAGUCCAUUACUACUCUUUAUGUAGGGGGACUGGGAGAAACCAUUACAGAUUCAGAGAUCAGGAACCAUUUCUACCAGUUUGGGGAAAUCCGCACAAUCACCAUAGUGCAGAGGCAGCAGUGUGCCUUCAUCCAGUUUGCUACGCGGCAGGCUGCCGAGAUGGCUGCAGAGAAGUCCUUCAACAAGCUCAUCAUCAACGGUCGACGCCUCAAUGUGAAAUGGGGCAGGUCCCAGGCAGCACGGGGGAAGGAGAGAGACAAAGAUGGUGUGACAGAGAGUGGAAUAAGACUGGAGCCUGUGCCUGGACUCCCAGGAGCCCUGCCUCCACCCCCCAUGCCCGAUGACGACACCUCAGCCAACUAUUUCAACCUGGGUCCCAACAGCGCUCCUGCAAUCAUGAACUUGGGACUCCCACCUCCCCCGGGCGUAGCCAUGCCCCCACCCCCAGGUUUUGGUCCACCUAUCUACAACUCCAUGGAUCCCAUGGCCCCUCCCAUGCCCCCUCCCAUGGGCAUGAGGCCUCCAGGUCAGGUGCACUACCCCUCCCAAGAUCCUCAUCGCAUGGGCGCCCAUGCUAGUCGCCACGGAGGCCCCUAGACCAGGCCCUGGAAGCUACCUCACCGAUGUAGGCGGGAGUGGCGUAAGGUUGACCUUUCUGCCGCUGCCCUCAGUUUUGGAAUCAUUUUUAUAUUUGUAAUCUUUUAUGGACUUGUUGACCGUGUCCUUGACCUUAUGCAAAUACGUCACAGACAUACAAAGAUAUUAUAACCAGUUUAAAGUGAUAGGAAAUUCUUGGUUGUCUUUUUUUUUUAUUGCUCUUAUUUUUGGACUUUUAAACUUUUUUUUAAAAACUAUUUUGACCAUUGCGACCCUUAUUAGCUUGGGUCAGAUAGAUAUUUGUGUAUGUAGAAAGGGGUAGUUCAGAAACUGUAGAAAGUAUGUCUUUUUUAUUUAAAUAUUUGUAUCAAGCCUUUUACUCUGUUUGAAAAACGAAAAUAAUUGGUUGCAGUGACCAAUAGUUACCACACGGGGCUGAUGUUGACCACGCUUUUAAGUCUGUAAGCCACUGUUCUCAAUUCAGACAUCAACAAUCAUAUGAAUUAUUAACACCAUUCCAUUAUGCCUUGAAAUGGACAGCAUAAAACUAUUAAAUAUGAAGCACUGUUUACAAAA